GUCUCGGUACUUCACAAAGAUCGCCUUUGGAACCCUCUCGACUGAUACACCAUGACUUUGAACAGAUCUUCCAGGUAUACGUGGGUACGUCGACUUGCUGGUUUGAAGGAGGAAGACAGUGGGGAUGAGUCUGAUGGCUCCUUGAGUACCAUCGUUUCAGAAAUUCCAAGGGACCGUAUCUCUGCACUGAUCAGCCGUUCGGAUUCUUGUAUCGGGCAAGUCACCAAGAUAAUCACCAAGAACAAAAUCUCUCAAGAUGACCAAGUUCGUUCAGACAGUGCUUCGAGCCCUAUCAUACUGAACGACGGUGACCUUCCAAAUGAGCCCAAAAUGCGAAAUCUAGCCCCUGGUCGACUUGCAUUUCGGAAGGCCGGCAAUGCAUUCUGUCAGGAGCAGCAGCGAUGGAGAAGUAUCAUACAAUCAGAAGACCACCGAGCUACUUUCGAAGAGCUGCGCUGGGCAAUCCGCUUGGGGGGUUGGAAGAAUGACAACCCAAAAAAAAGGCUCACGCAGCUGAUCAAAACCCGAUCGGAGAAAAUCGAGAAAACUAAAGCCAAGAUUGUGAAGAUCACAAAGACUAAGAACCUGCUUUUGAAGACAAUCGAAGCCUGUGAGUCACAGGUGAACGAGGACGACGCUAGUAUGCGCAAACUCCAACUCCCAAGGAUUGAGGAGGAUGCCAAGAGGAAAAAAUCGGAGAUGGAGCAAGCCACCGAAGAGUACCAAGAUGGAAUGUCAAAUCUCGCGUACUACGAGGAAGAGCAAGAAUGGUUGAAGCAACACUUGGAAGACCUGAAUGGCAGAAAGGAGGGCAGGUCUGGUCAAGUAGAGGAAGCCGUAAAUGACGAAGGCAACCCAACUGAUGACGUUGAAUCUCUUGUUUCUAAGGGGAAAGAUAGAGUUGAGGGUGCCACGAAGGAAGAGGUCCUGGAAGUCUUGCAAGAUCCUGCAACAGAAGACGCAGAGCAGAGUACAAGUGGACAAAAGCAAGGGGGUGAUACAAACUCCCAAGACGAGAAGAAUGAAGAAGAGAAAGAGGAAGGAAAUGAAGUGGAGGAGGAUGAGGAGGAUGAGGAGAUGGAGGAGAGGGAGGAGAGGGAGGAGAAGGAGGAGAAGGGGGAUGUGGAGGACGGCGAUGUAUGGGUGAAAACUGCACGACUGAUCGAUUCUGAGAUAAAACAAACAAAGAGUUACCUGGUUCAGGUUGAGGAAGAUGUGGAAAAUCAAAAAGAAAAGAAUAAGGAGUUGGAAAAACGUCGUGACGAAGCUUGGCAUGAAUACCAGAAAGUGAGUAAGGAGAGUGCAAUGACGAGAAGGAAAGCAGACGAGUUGGACCAGAAUUUGACGACUUUCCGUGGACAACUGAACAAACUGGGAGAGAAAAAGAAACAGCUGGAGGAAUUCGAGAAGCAGCAGGAACAGUAUGUCGACAAGCUCGAAAAAGAAGCAGAAUUAGCCAAGGAGAAACUACAAAUGCUGAACCGCGUGGUGGGCAGCAUUGAAGAAAAAGUGCAGAAAGAAGUUGUCGACCAUUUCUCGGAGCCUGAACCAAUUGCCAGCACACAAUCCAACACACGAUCCAGCACAGAUUCUGACGCGGAAGACAGUCUGCGUCGACGUGUUGAAGAUCAUCUUUCGAAGACCAAACUGAUAAGAUAUCUCGACACUGAACAGGAUAAAGCCCUCGCUGCUCUCAGGACGGAAGUUAAACAAAAUCCCGAUCUGAACUUGGCUGACGAGGAAAUCGACGAAUUGCUGAAGGUUAACUGUGCCUUGUUUGUGACCCAGCCACUUGGCAGAUCGAAGAGUGCAAAGAAGAAGAUCUAUAUGGACCUCGAAGAACGCGAAUUCCGGCUGCUGAUCCUGUGUAGGGCACCCAAUAAAUACCACCCGCUCAUUGCCCGUCUUCGAAAGGACAACUUUCAAGAGGAGACAUCUGACGCGGAGAGACCGGACGAGGAGAAAGGCUACGCAGCGCUUUCUUACUCUUGGGGUGAUGUGUCAGCGAACCAUCACAUUUACUUGCUCCCGGAGGGAACUGAUAGAAUUGAGGACUCGGUUUCGCUGCCAAUUCGGGAGAAUCUCUUCUGUGCAUUGCACCGGUUGCGGAGAAAGGACGAAAACGUCAAAUUGUGGGUGGAUGCCUUGUGUAUAAAUCAAGAGGAUAACGCAGAGAAGACUCGCCAGCUGGCGUGUAUGGUUGACAUCUAUAGUCAGGCCAGAAUUGUCUGCAUCUGGCUGGGCGAGAGUGACACUGAAAAAAGAAGCGAUAAGGCAAUGGAAUUCAUUCCACGCCUGGUAGACAUGGCGACUCUGGAUGCCAACACCGACAAUGAAGACAAUGCUCAUCAGUGGGCAGCCCUUUUAGAACUCACCCGAGAUCCCUGGUUUUCUCGACGAUGGAUUGUACAGGAAAUAUCACUCGCGAGAAACGCAGUCGUAUAUUGCGGGGAGAAGAUGGUACAUUGGGACAUGCUUGUCGAUGCUAUUGCCCUCCUAGGGGCUAACGAAGAGCGCGUGAGAGCCUUAUUCGAUCCCUCCAAAUGGCGGUAUGGGCGCAAUACCCUAGGAGAAAUUCAACUUUCGAGCGCAAACAUCCUUUUCGGGGUGACAAGUAGCCUGUUCCCAACUAGCGAGGAACGAAGCAAACACAAACCAUUGAGGAGUCUGGAAUACCUGGUAACAACUCUGCAGACCUUCGACGCCAGUGACCCACGCGAUCUGAUAUACGCCCUAGUACAUAUUUCGCGCGACCAUUCAGAAGAAAGGAUUGAAAUGGCUCGCCAACUUACACAGAAGCAGCAAACCGCUGAAGAAGUGCACCAGCGUGCAGAAAAUCAGCAGUGCCCUAAAAAGGUGCCCAAACUGCAUGUAGACUAUGGAACCCCCAUCCAUAUCGUUUUCAAGCAGUUCACCCAGUAUUGCGUGGAAGCAUCCGGCUCGCUAGACAUUAUCUGUCGCCCGUGGGCAAAACUGCCCAAGCUUGAGGAACGCUCCCUGCUCAGGUCUUCUGAAGAUUACCUGAAUAACAGUCUACUUCCGAGCUGGGUUCCUCUGCUGGAGAAUGCAGAAUUUGGUGGUCCUGGACAGUCCCACAAAGGUCGAAAGAAUGGACGAAGCUUUGUCGGAAUCGUAGGCCAGCAGAUCUACGACGCCUCGAAUGGCAUGCAAGCAAAGAGUGUCACGUUUGGCGAAAACCCAAUGUGCAUGAAAGUUAGUGGCUUGCUUCUGGGAACGGUGGAAGAGGUUUCUCCGCGUUGUAGUGCUGGCGUGGUAUUUCGAGAGUCUCUCAGGCUCGGUGGCUGGGAAGGAAUUGACAAUGGUCCCAAGGUUGUUCCGGCUAGAAUUUGGCGGACAUUGAUUGCGGAUAGAACCUCAAACGGACUGUCGCCUCCCCCUUGGUAUCAACGAGCUUGUCUGAGGAGUCUCGAAAUAGCUGACAUGUUCAGCGGCGGUGACCUCAAUACUGGACAACUCCCAGAUGAGGUGGUCUUCGUCCGGGAUUACCUCAGAAGAGUCCGAGAAGUGACAUGGAAUCGUUGCUUCUUCGGGGCGGCGAGUCACGAAGAUGCGCAUAUAUCUGACAUACAUCGUGCUACAGGCGAUGCUAAGGCCAAUGCCGAACUGCAAGCUUCCAAUGACGGCGAUGAUGUCCCUGAAAUUGUGGUCGAGAAUGCAGACCAAACAGAACACAAGGAGACUAUCGAUGCUGAACUGAAUAUCAUAGAUGCCGAAAAGCUCGUACAGGGUGGAGAUGCCGUUGAGCAGGCUGAAGAGAUUGAGCCAGUAGAGGACAGCAAAAAUGCCGAGAAGCACGUACAGGGUCAAGAAGAAACUAGCCAGGCUAGACAGGAAGAGCCGGUGGACACCAGCAAAGGGGUAGAUGAUCCGAAUGUCCUCGUACCCCAUGAGCCAAAGACGGUAACACUCUCGGAGCAACAAGGGCGCAACCACACGUCUGAACAAGAUGCGAAAUCGGACUCUGAAAGAACGGAAGACUGGUUUGGUAUUUGCCCAAGGAAUACAUCCAUCAAGGACAAAGUCUGUAUUCUGUUCGGAUGCAGUGUUCCGGUUAUUUUGCAUCCUGUAGGGAAAGAUACCUAUGAGCUAGUUGGAGAAGCAUAUGUACAUGGCGCAAUGAGCGGGGAGGUGGUCAGGAAUAUGGAGAAAGAAGCGUUGGAGAGGUCGACCAGAAUAUUUGACAUCAGAUGAGCCAGACCGCGUCGAACAAUUGCUAAGCUGGUCCUUUUCAUUUCGGGGUUUGGGGGUUUCUAAUGUUGUUUCAUCACGGCUAUUACCAGAGUUGGACACAGAUAGUUUAGCUCUAUAUCGGAC